AUGAUGGACCCAAGUGAGAUCCUGUUACAAACAAUUAGUGAGAACAGUCAUCCUCUGGCAUGUAUAAAAAAUUUGCUUGCCUGCCCAGAUAUUUCUGUUAACUUUGCUCAUCCACGGAACCAUCAGACAGCUCUGCACAUUGCAGCGCAGCAAGGAAAUGUGAAUCUCAUAAACCUGCUGUUGUCUUAUGGUGCCCAUGUGAAUGGUGGAACAGUAGAUCUUAUGACACCAUUACAUGAAGCAAGCUUUGGUGGUCAUCCACAAGCUGUUGAAACUCUUAUUGCAGAAGGGGCUGAGGUGUGCUUUUUACAUGUUAUUACAAGUAAAUAAUCCUUAUAUUGAAGAAUGUUAUAGUGCAAUAAUAUGUACAUAUUACCUACAAUAUAAGAUCACAAGUACAAUGUCUUAUUUACUGAAAAUUGACUUGGUGUUUUAUUACCAUGUACGGUAGUUUCAUUCUAAACAGCACUCUUCCUAUAACAUUGCCAUCUAAUAGAUUACAACAAGUGGCCCUGGGCAAGCAAAAUGAGAGAGCUGCUUGCCCAAAGGACAAGAAGGAAUUCAAGUUUUUUUCGAGCUCUGCUUAUAUAUUAAGAAAUUACGCUGGUAAUAAUAAUAAUAAUAACAUGUUUAAACAGGAUGAUGUAUAAAGAAUAAAUGAAUAAAUAAAUAAAAAUUUAUUUUAAAAAAAAACUAUGUACGAAACUGGGAUAUAUACAUUACAUAUAAUCAAUAACAAGGGUAGCCUCCUUAUAAUGAACAAAACUACAUACAAUCAUUAAAAAGGGUAGCCCCCUUAUGAAAAAAGGCUCUCUUGGUCAACUCCAGAUUGACUUUAUCAAUAGAUAACUGUCUUAUCCUUACACCUAGGGUAAUAGUCAUGAAUAUCACAAGUUCACUCUCGAGAAAAAUCUGAGAAAUAACUUGGAGCUUGUCCAUCAAGACGAUUCUUGACAAACUUGAUGAUGUGUCUCUCUCUUCUCGUCUUAAGAGGGUCCCAACCAAGACUGGAAGCCGCCAUAUCUUCAGUGGACAAAUGCACUGUCUUUAACGCUAUCCUAGCAGCUCGUCUCUGCAGGCGUUCCAAAUAUUCUUCUUCAUUUUUCCUUUACCACAGCCAUGAAAAACAGCACAAUAGUAUUUCAAAUUUGAUAGUAUCAUUGAUUGAUACAAUAAUGAUUCAAUGCUUCAGUUGUUAAUGAUGAUCUAAAUAAUUCUUGAGAACAUCCCCGGUGUUUUAGCGUAUUCUCUCUCUAGUCCUUUAUCAACCACUCUGACAGCAGCAGAAGAGUGCUGCACCAGUUGAGUAGUUAAUAAAUUAAACUAUAAAGUGAUAACAUGCCAAUUAAGUGUAUCUUUAGCUGAUGAAGAAUUUGUCCUUCUAUCAAGCAUUCUUCAGCCCUGACAGCAGUUCUGCACAUCUACUGAAAUCAAGGACUCUAUCAAUUAUGUUAAAGAAUGAACGGGUCAAUUUUCUUUGCUUCCUUCUAUGUAGCCCUAAAAUUAAUUCAAUAAAAGACAAAGGAUUAAAUUCUGGUUUAACCUGAGGACAACAUUUAAUAUUACCACUACAACAUUAAUCACUAGUACAUUAAAGUUUGUAACAGCUAGUCUGCUGCUGAUGUUAUGCUUUUACAUUGGUAUACAUGACAAAUUUCUUUUUGUUUCUUCACAGGUAAAUGCACGCAAUAUAGAUGGCAGUACCCCCCUGUGUUUUGCUUGUUCCAAAGGGUGUAUUCAGAGUACACAUCUGUUGGUUAAAGCAGGAGCAGAAGUCAACCCUUCCCUGACAGUCACCUUCCCACCUUUGCAUGAAGCAGCCUUGAAUGGACAUGUUCGUUGCAUAGAUCUUUUAGUGCGAUUGGGUGCCAACUUAGAGAGAUCUGAGAAUCAGUUUGGAACUGCCCUGCAUGUUGCUUGUCUUCGUGGUUAUACAGAAUGUGCGAGAUCAUUGCUUCAUGCUGGAGCUAAUCCCAAUGCAAUCAAACGACACCAGUCUCCUUUGCACACAGCUGCACUAUGUGGUUACGAGGAAUGUGCAGCACUGCUUCUGGAGUAUGGAGCAAAUGUUUAUCAGAGGAAUUCACAAAGCAAGAGACCUUCUGAUUUGGCUACAGAUGUGGCAUGCAAAAAAAUCCUGCUAUCAAAAGCCGGUGAGAAAGGAGGGGUGCUGAAACUAUGCAUUGUCAAAUCCAUACUCUCAUCUUGCAAUAGGCAAAGCUUUGUUUACAUUUUUUGGCUCAUUAGCAUGUCCCUUUUAUUCUCUGGUCAAUAAACUCAUGGAAUAAUCAAACGUCAGCAUAACAAUUUCAGAUAGCUGUGAAAAUUUGAGCCCAAUACACCAAAUAGUUUAGAAGAAAUGAUAUUAUCUUUGAAAAACUUAAAACUUUACCAAAAAGUAUGUAUGGGCUCAUUAACCUUUUUGCCACCCAACAAUUUUGCAGUUUUUGAUGGCUGCUAUUUCCUUUGUUAUAUUGCUUGCAAAAAGCUGAAAAUUGCACAAAUUAAUCAACUCUUCAACUCUUGAAUUUAAUUUGUGCGUACAGUGAUGCCCUCUGUGGUUUAACUCAUAUGCUACUAAACAAAAGUGUAAACAGUGAUGUUACGAAAGAUUCGCCUAUAGGUAGAUGCAGAGAAAGUUAGUUGGAGUCAGGUGUUUUGGGUGGGGUCUUUCAGACAGGGAGGUAAAGAACCAAUAGGAAAUGAUAGAGUUGGAGGGAAUGAAUGAUAAACUGUCUAGUAAGACACCUUUUUUUGGAAAAAUGUUACCAUGUUAAAUAUUUUUUUGCAAAAUAAAAUUAAUAAGCAAAUUAAUAAAUGUUAUUCAUCUCAGGCCCACUUUUAUCCUUUCUUUUGUUAUGCUGAAAAACAUGUUGAUAUUAUUAGUAAAGGCUUAUUUUUGCUUGAUUUUUUUUUUUCCAGAAACUCCAGCAAAACUUAUUGAAACCUGCCGGCUUGUCAUCAGACAACAGUUGUCACGAACUCCAUCAGUCAAGAUUCCACUGCUACCCCUUCCUGGCUGCCUCAAAGAAUACCUCAACUACUAUUACUGAUCAGUAACAGGCGGUCACACCCUACAUCCAGAUGCAGCUUAAGUAGAGGUUUAAGCUUCACAUAUAUGACAAACAGCAAACAAUAUCAGAUUCAAGUUGAUAAUUUUUCAAAAUAGAAAAUGAGGAGAUAAAGACAGCUCAAAAGAAUUCUUAUGGAUAAAAAAAUUGUGUGAAAGUAAACGACAAAUAAAUCUAGGAAACUUGGUCAGGUGGUAGAAAUUCACGUUUGCUGUUUAACUAAAAAGUGAUGCUUAGCGUACCCUGUUAGUAUCAUUAACUUGCAUUGCUGACAACAUUCCCUGGGAGGGGGCAUUAACCCUUUAAUGCCCCAAUAUCCACAAACAAAUUCUCCAAACUGAUCUCUAUACAUUUCCUUACGGAAUGAGUUGGGAGAAAUUGAUAAAAGAUCAGAGAUUUUUCUCUUUGUGAUCAUUUGAUUAAUUCUCAUAGAUGUUGCACUUGACAAUCUAUGGAUAUUGUUAGGAGAAAAUUGAUGUUGGUCACUACUGGGACUUAAAGGGUUAACAAAGUAUUGUACAAGGAGGCUCUGCCUGGAGGUCCAACCUGUGUCCUUUUAUAUACAUGUGCCAAUUUUGACAGAAAGUAUACCUUUCAUUGACAAAUGGUACCCCUUUCACUUUCCUAGCUUCAGAAUGUUGCAUCCCUUUAACUGCUUUAAACGCACUUUCUAUUAAUUAUGAAUAAAUCACAAAACUAGAAAAUUCUCUCAACUUUUUCACAGCCGUAAAAUCCUUCUGCCAGCCUUGCAGGUACCUGUAAUUGAAAAUAUCAUAGAUAAUAUUGUCAGCAUUACCUAGUAUUUACAUUUUUGUAUAGAUUACUCCAGACCUUGGCAUUUAGAAAAGAAAAAGAGUUCAGUUAUAAGUUAAAAGUGUAUAAAAAUUAAGUAGCAGGUUUUGUUAGCUUUGUUAUUUUGUAAACUUGUACAUUCUCCUAUAGAUUACUUGAUAGACCUUGCAGUUUAAGAAAGAAAAAGUAGUGGUAUUCUUUUCUUUGUUUAUUGUAGAUAUAAAGUAGCAGAUUUUGUUAGCUAUAAGACAAUAGAAAACCCAUAAGAAAAGUCUAGCAUUCUUGACUAUAAUGUAUAGAAGUUUAUAUUCAUAUAAAUCAUUGAUUUAACUGACGAUUUGACCUGGUUAUUAGCCUCCUUGAACAUAUAGCAAGCGAUAUUCUCGUCAGACAGAAAAAAUGUAUAUAUCCCACCACUUUAAUUUUAGUGAUGAAAAUUAUUUUAUCCAAGUGAGAAAAUUCCUCUGUAGAGAUAUGCGUGUAAAAUGCUUCGCCCAUUUGAAACAAGCAGCACUUUUAGUGCUCCAAUGCUGGAGAAUGUCUCUAACUAAGGGCUAAAAUAACUCAUGAGCUACAAAAAUUUGGCUGUUUUUGAAAGCCUUUUAACAGUAAUAAGCAGCACUGUUGCAGUUGUCCAUGGCUUUUACACUUUAGUGUCAUUGGUUCCCAAGUUUAGAAACAGCACUUGUACUAUUUGGGUAUGAUGAAGUCCUCUGGACACUACUUAAGAUAAAUAAUACAUUCUUAUUAUUAGAUCCCACAAAACAGUCUUUCUUAAUUUACUGCUUGAUAAACAAAGUCAUUAUAACAAUAUUUUUGUUGUAUUUGCAUUUUUCACUCUUAAAUACAAACUGUAGUCAGCUCUGUGUGUAAAAUUCUUUUUUUUCAGUUACUCCGACUAGAGGUUAGCUGGGUUAAUACUUCCUCAAGGGUCCUUGUGCACUGCCCUUGUACAGGAAGUGACCAUCUAUAAUGUCAAGAUUGGGUGGGCUCUCACAUUAUAGGUUGCACCCAGGAACUCUCAUGUAAAAUAUACGGGG